GCAGUGUUCCCUCCCAGCCCCGUCCAGGGAGAGACCAGCUGGGGGGUCCGGGUCGGUCCCAGUCUGAUCCGGACUCCGUCAUGUCGAACAACAGCGCCGCCAACAGCAGCCUGGUUCUGGCCCAGAAGGCCGUCAAACAGCUGCGUCUGGAGGCCAGCGUCCGCAGGAUCAAGGUUUCUCAGGCUGCUGCAGAACUGAAGAGCUUCUGUCUGCAGAACGCCCACAAAGACCCUCUGCUGACCGGGGUCCCCUCCAGUGAUAACCCCUUCAGGCCUCCCAAGUCAUGUGUCCUGCUCUGACAUGGCCGAGGAUGGAAACACUCUGUCAUGUGACCUGCUGCCUCUGGAGAUAAACACAUGAGCUGUUUGUUUUAUCUUUGACUGCGUUUUCACUGUAAAAUGUCUUUGUGUAGCCUGAAAAACACUCUAUGAAUAAAAUUUAUUAUUAUUAUUAUUAUUAUUAUUAUGCUUGAGCAAGAUACUGAACCCCAAAUGUCUCCUGAUGCUUUGUUCAUCUGUGUGUGAAUGAAGUCCUGAUGGUGGCAGGAGGCAGCAGUGUGCCCUGGUAGCCACUAAACCAGUAUGAAUGUGUGAACGGGUGAAUGAGUGUAAAACGCUUUGGAUAAAAGCUCCACAAAAACCAGAUCAAACAGUAAAUCUAAAG